AUGGCUCGCUUCGAAAGAAAGAACAGAGACCUGAUCAUCUCUUCGAAGGAGAUUGUUAUUACGAUAUACUGGAAUUUGGCCCAACUUCUAGUCCACCGGGGCAGUUCUCUUAUGGGCUCGCCUAGGAAUCGAACCCCAAGCUUGCCGGAAAAUCACCUCCGACCAAAGCCCGAACCCGGUCCGUCGGGGAUAAUUCGAAUACGAUUCGAUUUCAGCCGGAGUUCAGAAAAUUGGAGUCCUCCAGAGAAUCCCAAAUCCCUUGAUCCAUCCACUAGAUAUUUUCUUACACACAAUCUCCUCCUCCUCCUCCUCCUCAACGGAAUCAACGAAUGGGUGCUGGAGGAGCUGAGCCGCCGUCCACCUCUCUCUCGGGUCCUUCGUCAAACACCUAGUGAGCAUUUCCUCGGCCUCGUCGGACAGCCCGCCCGGGGUCUCUGGCAGGUCUCCGAAGAACGCGAUCUUGUAUAUCGCCGCCGCCAGGGCCCGAAUCCGGUUAUCAUCUGA